CUUUGUUAUAAUAUUUGUUCAAAUGGAAGAAAGCAGUUCAGACUCCAGAAAUGUAAUUAAGAACAACCAGGUCCUUCCAGAGGAGAGCGUAAAAGAAUGCUAUAUUGAAGACUAUGAUACAGAAUUGAAGUACCUCCCUUUGACAAUGGUCAAUAAUACUCCAAAUGUUCCAACAGCCACUAACUUUGAGCUCAGACUGCACAGAGGAGGUGCGUGUGUAGAAGAUGAAUCAGAACUUUCUGAGGAUAAUCUCCCUGAAAAAUCCCUCAUUCAAUUCGCUAAGGAUAGUGAAGUUAAGCUAGCCAUUUGUAUCACUCAAUACAAUGAGCCGAUCUUCCAGCUAGCUGAAUCCCUUGCUGGAAUUUAUCGUUCAUACUAUGAAUUAGUGAACAUCGAUGAAUCUUACAAGGACAGAGUGCAUAUCUGCAUCAUCUCAGAUGGAAUCGAGAAACUUGACCCUCAGUCAUACCUCUCGAAGCUCGAAGAUGUUGGAAUUUUUAAUACAAAGGAAAUAAAAGAUUUCAAAGAUUUUGGGUUGAAAGACGGAAAUAUAGAAAUUGAAAGGAAAUACCUCCCUCUGUCUUUCAUCAACAAGAAUAAUAUGAAUGAUAAGGAAAGAAAGUAUGGAUCCUAUAAUGUAGCCCAUACCUUCUCGAAGUACAUGGACUUUAAUGAGUGGAUGUCCGGGCUUGAUGACACCAAGCAGGAUGGACUCAAGAUCGACAAUUAUGACAUCAAUGAUUUCCUACUUGGAAAUGAUACUACUGGAAAAGUCAAGCAUAAGAAAUUCAAGCACUUGAAAAUGCCCAUUCAUUUCAUGAUCAAGCAUAGAAAUCAAGGGAAAAUUGAAAGUCACAAGUGGUUCUUUAAGGGAUUCUGUGCUUACACUAAUCCUACUUUUGCUCAGAUUAUUGACUGUGGAUCCAUCCCACUUUGGAAUUCAAUCUCCCACAUCAUCAUGCACAUGGAAUGCUUCGAGACUGUUGGUGGAGCAUGAGGCGAAAUCGAAUGAAUGGUUCCAGAAAAAUAAGGAAGAUUAUUCAGGUGUUAGUUUCAUAGAAGGAGCUAUUAUUAGGGCUCAGUAUGUAGAGUACAAAGUCUCUCAUUAUCUUGACAAAGCCACAGAAUCACUAUUCGGUUUUGUAUCUGUCCUCCCAGGAGCAUUUUCAACUUUCCGUUGGGAUUGAAUUCGUGGAAUUCCACUUGAUACAUUCUUACUUGGGGCAAAAGAUGAAUUCUCAACAUCUAGGAAAAUUGUUCCUUGAUACAAGGCGAACAAAUAUCUAGCUGAAGAUCGUAUUAUGUGUCUCGAAAUCAUUGCAAAGGCACAUGAAAACUUUAUCAUCCACUAUAUCCCAGGAGCUAAAUGCUUGACAGAUCCUCCAAUGAGCUUAACAGGGUUGCUGAAGCAAAGAAGAAGAUGGUUUAACGGUUCAAUGUUUGCUACUUUCCAUGUCCUAUUCAGUAUGGGAAGAAUCUGAAAGAGGAAGACUUUCUUCCCUCGCUUCUUUGGGUUCGCAACACUAUACAUUUACAUGAUGGCCAAUACAUUCCUGUCGUUCAUCUUGGUCGGACUCUUCUACGGGGCAUUUAGUAUUUUCAUUCGUAAAGCUUUUGAUAAUGAUGAGUGAUACAAUCUGACUAAGCCUGCAAAUAUCAUUGAAAAUAUCUAUCUCAUCUUCUUAGCUACUGUCCUCAUGCUUUCCAUCACAGUUGAUGUAAAAUGGGCUGAGACUGGUUACAGAAUGUGAUCGUUCGGAAUGGGCUGCUUCGCCAUAGUGAUGCUGGUAGCGACAAUUAUUUAUGCAACUCAAGAAGAUUUCCUAGAAAACUACGCAAUUAUCUUUGUGUGUAUAUGGUUCUUAUCCUAUGUUUUGCCCUUGGCCCUGAAUGUGACAAAGCUUAGAACUCUUGAUUUUAUUAAAGGAAUUAUUUAUAGUCUCUUCAUGAGCCCAACAUAUGUAAAUAUCUUCACUAUCUUUGCCAUCUCUAAUAUCCACGAUGUUUCUUGGGGAUCAAGACCAGCAGUCUACGACCCCUUAAGCGAGGCUGCAGAGAAGAGAAAAGUAGAAAGCUACAAAAAUUUCAGAUCAAAUUUCCUUGUAUGAUGGAUACUUUGUAAUCUCAUCACAGGAUCUGCAAUAAUCACACUGUCUAGGAACGGCAACGAUGAUGUAAUCUUCUACAUCGGAGCAGUCCUGGGACUCGUUUUGGCUGUCAAGAUAUUCCUUUCUUUCCUACACUUCUGUGUUUCUUUAUUCCAUUCUUGGAUGACAAACAGGCAUAUCAAGAAGAAGAAAAGUUCUGUCUUUAAGGAAGUUCAGGACAGCAAGAUCGAAGAAGAGGAGACUAAGUUUAUUGAGUACGUUAAAAUGACUCCUGCCGAGAAAGAGCUGCAUAAGAAAAAAGAGAAUGAGCUAGCGAAUAAUCUAAAGAAGAACAUACUUGGCCUAGCUAUUAAAAAGAUUAAGUCACAACAUCCAAAGAAGAAGAGAGUCGCUGAUUUGGCCGAAAUUGAGGUAGAAGGAGUCAAUGUCAAGGAUCUGUACAUGAAAAUGAGCACGAUGAAACGAUCUGGCAAAGCUGCUGCGGAGUUGUAUGAGAGUGCCUCAGAAGCAGCAACACCAAAAAGGAGGAAUGGAAUAGAAGAAACUUCAUUUGAUAGCCAUGAUUUCCCUUCAUCUGAUGAAGAUGAAUUUAAUGAUCUAAAUGUUAGAGAAGAUAGCAAGCUGCUUGAUAUCACACCUGAUCCUAGUCCAACAAAAGUUAAGUUUGGAAAAUCACAGGACGGAAAUUCUAAGAAGCAUAAGAAUCCAAUGAAGCCUAAGAGCAUACUCAAGAAGUCUGAUAACAAACCAGAAAUCGAUCCAAAAUCAUCCCUUAAAAAGAAGGUCAAAUCAAAAGAAGAAAAUAAAAUAUUUGAAGCCAGUUUUGAGUCAGAAUCUGACUCUACCCAAUCAGAGCAUAAUGCCAAGCCUAAGAUGAGCAGAAAGGCGACUGGGAGAGAGAUUAAUAUGAACGAUAAGAAAAUAAACUUUACUCCUCAAGAAGAGUCUUAUAGUACUAUAAAUGACCAUGUAAGUACCAAAGGACACUCUUCAAGUCCUUAUGAGUACUACUAACCUGUGCCAUAGCAAAGUGAAGAUAUGCAGCCAAGCAUGACAAUUGAUCAGCCGAAGUAUAAGAAGAAAGCUAAGCAAGCUCCCUCGACACCGUCUGGGUCCGAAUCAGAGUCUAUUGACAGAGGGAACCAGAGAGCUGAAGGUUUUGGCAAUGCAUUCAGAAAACCAAUGAAAUUCGUACCAUGUAAGCUUAAACCUUUUAAAUUAUCUAGCAAGUCAUGAAUCUGAGAGCUGUAAGUCAAAAUUUAUCAUUUUUAGUGGAAAGCGAUGAACUUGAUGAUGAUUAAUUCCUCAAUUUUUGGGAAAUUUUAUG